AGAGGGGAUUUUAAGGAAACCGAAGGCAUCACAGUCUACACUAUUAAGGAGGAUUUGAGGACUCUGCGUUCAUAAUAAUCCGACAUCAGAGGCGGAAUGCGAAACCAAAUAACUUGUGUUAAUUAGAGAUUUUAACGAACAUGAUGCGAUUUGAAGCACCGGGAGAAGAAUUGUAUAUCGGCCUCUUGAGUUGAAAUAUCCGUGGUGUUUUGUGUGCGUGUGCGUCUGUGCGUGUGUGUGCGCGCGCGCGCGUGUGUGUGUGUGUAGAGCGGUGGUGGGGGCUGCGUGUGUUCAUCGUCGAUUUAUACCCCCAGAACUGAUUUGCAGCCUCUAUGGUCAUUUGCGUGUAAAAAAAGACAGAGUUGGCUAUCAGAGGUUGCAUCGGACUACUGUGCGUUUCUGCUCAUCACACGCACACAUACGCGCUGGAGUUACCGUCAUUUCGGACCGAGGGGAUGAUUUCAGUGCGUCCGUUUCGCGAUGAUUGUCGCCUAAUUUCUCAGGUCCGACGACGGUCUGCCAGACUUUGUGGAAACGAAGAGUCUGUUGUCAAUGUUUACCAAAGCCACGGCAGUCUGCGGUGCAACUCCAUCCAGUGGAUCGCGAGCAAAUCGUGAGGAGUGACAACUGACAUUGAGGCUACACCACGAGCCACGGAAGCUGCGGAUCAACUUGAAAACUGAAGCGCACAAGUUUUAAGUCUGGAAUAUAAGAAUAGAUGAUUCUCAGAGGACAGAAGACGAUACACACCUAGGCCUACAACAUGUUCAAAAGGGGCUGUGGCCUGGAGUUCCUGCUUGUUCUCUGUGGGCUGGAGUUUUCCUGGUCCUGCCCCCGUCACUGUAUCUGCUACAGUGCACCCUCCACCGUCUCCUGCCAAGCCCAUAACUUCCUGUCGGUCCCCGAAGCCAUUCCUCUCGACAGUGAGCGCAUCUUCCUCCAGAACAAUAAGAUCCAUCGCUUACUUCGGGGACACUUCAGCUCCAAUACGGUCACUCUGUGGAUAUACUCCAAUAACAUCACUUACAUUGAGCCGACCACAUUCCACGGCUUCACGCUGCUCGAGGAGCUGGACCUCGGAGACAACCGCCACCUGCGCUCUUUGGCGGAAGACACGUUCCACGGGCUGAAUCGGCUCAAUGCGCUUCACCUGUACCGCUGUGGGCUCAGUUCACUCCCUAAUAACAUCUUCCAAGGCCUCAGAAACCUGCAGUAUCUCUACUUGCAGGAUAAUCAUCUGAAGUUCCUGCAGGAUGACACAUUUAUGGACCUCCACAACCUGAGCCACCUGUUCCUGCAUGGCAAUCGUCUGUGGAGCCUGAACCAGAACACGUUUAGAGGCCUUCGGGCCUUGGACCGACUGCUUCUGCACCAAAACCAGAUUGAGUGGGUUGACCACCAGGCCUUCCACGACCUCAAACGUCUCACCACCCUCUAUCUGUUCAACAACAGCCUGAUACAGCUCUCCGGGGAGUGUCUGGACACACUGCCCGGAUUGGAAUACCUGCGUCUCAACGACAACCCCUGGUCAUGUGACUGCAAGGCCCUGUCGCUUUGGGAGUGGUUGAAGCGCUUUCGGGGCUCUACGUCUUCAGUGGGUUGCCAGGCGCCAGCUGAUAUGAUUGGUAAAGACCUCAAGGAGCUGCGCAAGGAGGACUUACCCAACUGUUCACCAACUGUUCCUAAUUCUGAGUCCAGAGCCCAGACCAACAAUGUAUCUGGCACGGUGAAUCCGUCCCUUAAUCGUGGUGGGGUGGUGGGCUCUGUAGGGCAGACCCACAUUGUGCACCCCUCAAGGCCUGGCCGCUCUCGGAACUGCACAAAGCCUCAUAACAGGGGCAAGGGGAAGGGUGACAAUGAGGUUCACCACUCAAAGGAGGUCAUGGCAGACAAGGAGGAUUCCUCCCCGGAUUUCACAGACGGGGGCAAACAUGACCACACAUCCCCAGACGGCACCGUCACACGGAGGAAGCACAAGUGUAUUCCCCGGACCACUGUUCGCCCCCCUAGUGGGGUUCAGCAAGCCAACAACAGGGCAACCUUAUCCCAGUCAUUACUACAUGUCUGUGUGCUCUUCGCGGCCUUGAUAACGCCAAAUAUUGACUUUAUUCUCCGUUGACCCUCAGAGGGUUUGGAAAAGGAAAAGAAAGAAAAGAGAAAACAGCCCUCAGACCCUCUCUUGCUCCUGUACUACAAGGCGUGUGUGUGUGUGUGUGUGUGUGUGUGUGUGUGUGUGUGUGUGUGUGUGUGUGUGUGUGUGUGUGUGUGUGUGUGUGUGUGUGUGUGUGUGUGUGUGUGUGUGUGUGUGUGUGUGUGUGUGUGUGUGUGUGUGUGUGUGAACAUAUGUGUAAAUGUAGUGUCGGGAGCUUUACUGUUAAGACUAAACCAGGCAUCAAAAGCAUCAAACAUCUACAACAGAAAGACUCACAGCACAACAAUCGAAGGGACAGUGGACGACAAAAGAUAAACGCAGACAAAGCUUGCACUGCCACUUGUGCCAGUAUGAUUUCAUCAGCAUAUGUCUUGGUAUCGUAUGUAUUUUUAAACAUCUGUUUUUCACUCAACUGCUUCUCAGAUAACCAAGAUUUGGUGAAAAUAGAGAACAAAAGGAAAAGAUGACGGAUCAAAUGAGGUAAACGUGUUAGCUCUGAGACAGAUAAGCUAGGUGUUCAAGUGCUCCAUUCAGUUUGAAUAUUCAGUUCACAGUUUGUAAAUUGUUAUAAAGUACAAAAGAUAAGUCAAUGGCCUUGUCAGGCCUCUGGCGUCAGUUCGUUUGGCCCUCAUCCUUUCUGUCAAAUGUACUCUGUGCAGACAAUUGGGUGUAAGUGUUUCUUCUAAACGAAGAGGUAAAGUGUAAGCACGGCAAUAAAUAGUCCUUCAGUAUCAGACGAUGGAAUGUGCCAUUAACACAGCAAAAUGGAAAUCUAUAGCGACAGAUGUAAAUAGAGCAACCAUUAGCUCAAACGCUGUAGCCGAUGGAGCCGUAACAAAUUGAUGCUAAUGCUGACCUUUUUAAGGUACUGUACCAAACCUUUCUAACAGCAUUACUUAUUGGGAUUACAUUUCUACACACAGCUCUGCUUUCAUCUUCCUUACCACCACUUCUCUCUAUCUGUGCAUCUAAAUAUUAAGCUGACAAUUGCUAUUUUCAUUGGCUUGGAAAACCGUGUGUGUGUCUCUGGGAGAUCAAGCUGUGAAUAUUGACAAAGUCUGUCUAUAUCUUGUGUCAGAUGUUGUUCAUUUGGUUUUUCUAAGACACGAAGUUGCGGGGCCAACAAGAGCCUUAGAGGUGGAGGGGUCAACGGGGUGAUUUCUCAGUUUCCUGGUGAGGUUGUGCUGAACUGAUUCCUCCGCAGUGAGGGCAAACCUCCCUCAUUGAGAACGCGAGGAACACAUUUUGAUCUUAAUCGCUUGACAUCCAAGGAAAACAAGACUCAAAAAUGUGUGCAACAUCAAUGACUCAAGAAAAUAUAAAAGAACAUUUUGAAAGGAGCAUGGUAAAACAAGGAUUGUGCAGAGAAAAUGAUGCCUCUUAAUUAACUGAUUGUCCAUGGAUGUGGGCAUCCAAGACAAUCGCCUCUGAAGUAUUAAGGGGUUGCAGUACAAUGCAGACCGACUGAUGGACAACUACGGGACGCCUUGCUGUACUUCUGGAGCUUUUGUGCCUCUCUUAAAUCUACCGAUAAGAUGGUGUUUGUAUCAAUGUGAAUUAUACCAGUACCAAUGGAGACACAGGGACUUCUUACAGUGCUGAUAUUAAUCAUUUACUGUAUUACUAUGAGAAAAAACAAUAUCAGUGACAUUGAUUAUGAUAACAGGGUUUUCUGCUCCUCCUGUCAGGAGGGGUCUUUUAAUUUUUCAAUAUUCUGGUGAUUUGUUUAUUCACGUAUUUUCCAUGUUGUAUUUUUAGAGCCUUUUAUUUGUAAUGCACAAUUCCUCACCUCACUAUUUCUUGUUCUACUGUAUGCCUAUUCAUCUUCUUUCUUUGCCAUAAUUCAAUUGUUCAGUAAGUUAUCAUCGGAAAACAACAGUACAAAAAUGUUUAUAAAGAUAUUAAAAUCUAUAUCUUCUUAUGUC